CGUUAGUUUAGUUUACGGUAAGCGAUUUCACAGCAAAAAAGACGAGCCCGGGAGAUAGCGAAUAGGCAACGCAGAUGCGGCCAAACCCAGAUAAUUGUAGCAACUAGGAGCACAGAAGCCAUACUUAUACAUACAUACAUACAUACAUGUGUAUGUACAUGCACGACACAACCAUAUCCACAUGAAAAUUAGAGGCACCAUACCAGAAACUUUUCAAUUUUUUUGGAUGCAUGUCAGUCAUUAGCAAUUAUUGCCUUCAUAUAAAUACCUGUUUUCCUUCUACCUGCGCAUAGAUAAUUCAUUGCCUCACUUUCUUAUUCUUCUUGCUGGGUGCCGCAUGUUGGACCCUUUGUCUCUUUCUGUUGUUGGUUUCGUUGAUGAUCGCUACUUCUUUUUAUUGCCUAUACCAGCAACAGAUAGUGCUUUUGCUGUUGCUGUUGUCGGGGGUCGGGUUUGGUUUUGUUUUGGGUUUUCAUAAUGUCGCAGAAGAGGCAGCCUGAGGAGCCCAAGUCUGGCUCGGAAACGAAUAGUCCCGAUGAGAAGAGGAGGAGGUUUAAUUUGAAGACGGGGAAAUGGUGCUUGUGAAUUAAAUUGAAGAAUUUGCUGUGUUGGGUGUAUCAACUGCAUGAAAAUUGUGGUGAACUGUGCUUUCUGUUGUGGAACAUGAAUGCAUUUGCGUUGACAAUUUUUGUGUGGUUCAGGAAGUGAUUAAGAUGCAAUCGGUCCACCAUUUGUUGGAACCAAUUCUGGAGCCAUUGAUUCGCAGGGUGGUCAAAGAAGAAGUUGAAUUGGCUCUUAAAAAACAUUUGGCCAGCUUUAAGCGAAAUAGUGGGGAUGAAAAAGAUUCUUCUGAAUCAAGAAGCUUAAAACUGCAGUUCUCAAACAACCUCUCUCUUCCAGUGUUCACUGGUGCUCGAAUUGAAGGAGAAGAAUAUUCUGCUAUAAAAGUAGCUUUAAUUGAUAUUCUUACAGGGAAAAUAGUUAACUCUGGUCCUGAAGCUUCUGCCAAGGUAGAAAUUGUUGUUCUUGAAGGUGAUUUUGAUGGUGAUGAGGGUGAAAAUUGGACACAUGAUGAGUUUAAGAAUAACAUUGUCAGAGAGAGAGAAGGAAAGAAACCCCUUCUUACAGGAGAUGCGUUUCUGAAUCUAAGCGAGGGCAUUGGUAUAGUGGGUGAAAUUUCGUUUACAGAUAAUUCAAGCUGGACAAGAAGCCGUAGGUUCAGGCUUGGGGCAAGAGUUGUGGAUAAUUUUGAUGGAACCAAUGUAAGGGAGACAAAGACAGAAUCUUUCAUUGUCAGGGAUCACCGAGGAGAAUUGUACAAGAAGCACCAUCCUCCAUCUCUGUUUGAUGAGGUAUGGAGAUUAGAAAAGAUUGGAAAAGAUGGAGCUUUCCAUAAGCGAUUGAGUAGGGAAAAUAUCAAUACUGUGAAGGAUUUCCUGACUCAGCUCUUUAUAGACCCUCAAAGGCUUCGCCAUGUUCUUGGCACAGGUAUGUCUGCUAAGAUGUGGGAAGUAACUGUUGAACAUGCACGGACAUGCGUGCUUGAUAAGAGAAUGUAUUUACAUUACACUCCUGGUUCUCAACAGAAAAGUGGCGUGGUCUUCAAUGUUGUGGGACAAGUUGUGGGACUACUUUCAGAUAGCCAGUAUGUUCCUGUAGAUAAGCUGUCUGAAACUGAGAAGGUUGAUGCUCAAAAUUUGGUAAUUGCUGCAUUUGAACACCCACAGGAGGUUAUCUCUUUUGAUGAUGAAGAGUCUCUUGUGGACGGCUCUUCAAACUUGUCCAACAUUCCUUACCCGUCAAGUUCACCCAGGACAGAGAAUUCUAAUGGAAGCAAGGUUCUGGCUUCACACAAGAUGGGUGGAUUUGAUUAUGCACAACCAAAUGCUGCUUCUCCAGAUAUCAUUUCAUCUAUGUAUUCUGUUGGGAGUGUGAGCAGCUUGGAUGAUUAUGCCUUGCACAGUAUUGAAAAUAUGGGUCUUAGAUAUGAUCAGACUCUGAGUUUCCCAGGCCAAGUCUCCAACCCUCUCAUAUGUGACACUGAUGCCAUGACGCAAGCUUUCUGUGAUGAGGAUCAUCUGCGGUUUUUUGACACAGAAUUUCAGUCUCAGAACCUUAGUUUGGAAGCACCAGCUGAUUUACAAAGUGCUUUGGAUGGCUUCCUAUUGACUCGUUCUACAGCUGUUGCAGUUGAUAGGGCUCAGAGGAGAUGGACAAAGAUCUCGAGUGUGUUGAAAUGGUUCUCUAUUAGGAGACGUGUGGCUUCAAAAAAGACGUGUGUUCGAGAAAUUCAUAGAUAUUAGUGGAAUAUGAAAAAUGUUAUCAUUAGAGUGGCAAAUAUAGUAUAGACAGUGCUGCCCGAGUAAAAUUGCGUGCAGUUUUGGAGACAA